UGCACUGUGGGAUUGCUGGAUAUUGACAUGGCAACCAGGCGACACAGCCAGCAGGCUUUUUGUGCGCUGCGGAAUAGUUGUUGCUGUCUCUUCUGCGUUUAAAGCCCCUUAGCUUGACGGUCGCCUGCUGCCAUGAACGGGGCAGUGGUGAAGAAGACCCAGGACACGCUGGGCAAAGUGAUAAAGAAACCUCCUCUCACGGAGAAACUGCUGAGCAAGCCACCGUUUCGAUACCUUCACGACAUCUUCAGCGAGGUCAUCAAGACUGCAGGUUUUAUGAAAGGUCUGUAUGGGGAAAAUGAAAUGAAGUCUGAUAAUGUUAAGGAUAAGGACUCCAAAAUGGUCUUCCUCCAGAAGGCAAUCGACGUCGUGAUGCUGGUGAGUGGGGAGCCCCUGGGGGCAAAGCCGGCACGUAUUGUGGCUGGACAUGAGCCCGAGAAAACCAACGAGCUGCUGCAGGCCAUGGCCAAGUGCUGCAUCAACAAGAUGUCCAGUGACGAUGCCGUGAAGCGAGUGCUUGCUGGAGAAAAGGUGGACAUAAAGACCAGGGCCAGCACCACCAGGUCCCAGGACAAGGAGAACAGGGAGGGACGCGAACGUCCUCUUGAUCGAGAGGAGAGGAAGACGAUUACAGACCGCAGCGGGAGCCGGGACCACAAGGACCCGGACCAGCCCAAAGAGCAGGAGAGCCGACGCCGGGAUGGGGAGAAGGAUCAGCACGGCGCCAGGGAGCGCUCGGAGAAGGACCCCCACGCCAAGGACAAGAGCCGGGACCGGGAGCGAGACAAAGGACGGGGGAAAGACAGGGACAAGGAGAGGGAGCGAGAGAGGGAGCCAGACAAAGGCCGAGAUAAGGCCAGAGACUCUCGCGGAGACCGGGAAAGAGACAAGGACAAACGAAGGGACCGAGACAAAGAGAGGGAGCGACACAAAGAGAGGAGCAAAAGUGGAGAGAGUGGCACGAGGAAGGCCAGAGUGUCAGAGGAACCACAGCAGAAGGCGAGUCCCGAGCCCAGCAAAACAGCCAAACCUGUGCCAGCGGAUCAAACACCAGGCGAGGAGCCUGCAGAAGCAGUUGAGAACCAGGCCGACAGUCCAGCUAGAAUACCUCGGCCUUCAUCUGCCAAAGGGCAGAGGCGGAGACCCAAGAUUGGAGGUCAAGAUGAAUCUGACAGCGAGGGAGACGGAGAUGCUCCGUUAGCCCAGAGACCGCCCCUCCAAGAAAAUGGAGACACUGCAGCCUCCUCGGUGGCAUUCGACAUGGCCUCCAGGCAGAUGCCACGGCCGGGCAGCGCUCGCCCCGCCCCCCCCCGAGUCAAGAAACAGGAAAGUUACUCCGAUGUGACGCCGGCUGAGAGGCUGUCCAGUGCCAAGCCCCCAGCAUCAGUCAUCAUGGAUGGGAAGAUGCUGUCUGAGGACGAGGAGGACGAAGAUGAGCAGUUUCUCGUGGAGGAGGCGGUGCCUCCGCCUGCACAGGCUCCUGAGAUGGAGGGGCAGGACGUCAACCGCGAAGACAAACACGGUGGCCUCGUGAAGAAGAUCCUCGAGACCAAGAAAGACUAUGAAUUGUCCCUGUCGUCCCCCAAAUCUAAAGAGCAGAGCUUUGUGUCUGACGCUUUAAAGAAGAAGGAGCGGGACAUGGUGACGCGGGAGAUCGAGCGCCUCCGCUCGUCCGUCCAGACGGUGUGCCGCAGCGCCCUGCCCUUGGGUAAGAUCAUGCACUACAUACAGGAGGACGUGGACGCCAUGCAGGCUGAACUGCACACCUGGCGGCGGGAGAACAAGGAGCACGCGCAGGCUUUGCUGCAGGAGCAGAGAGUGACAGACAGGGCCGUGGAGCCUCUGAAGUCGGAACUCGUUGAGCUGGAGCAGCUGAUCAAGGACCAGCAGGACAAGAUUUGUGCCAUGAAGUCCAACAUUCUGAAGAAUGAGGAGAAGAUCCAGAAGAUGGUGACUGGAAUCAACUUCUCCUCCAGGACCUGACGGGACAAACUAACUCUGCAAAGAAAGACGUUACCAAAUAAAUGCACUGGAGCGCUGGGGAUGAACACUGUCUCACAGAAUGAUGGUAAGACGAGUGUAUUUUGUUCUGAGGUGAUGCGGGGUGAGACCAAACGCUGCACUUUGAGGUGGUUUUUGUCCCAAAAGGACAUGGACCCAAACAUAUCAGACACCAUCUGUCAGGUGUUGGUAAAUAAACGCUCCAAAUGAUGGCUUGGAGGUCCAAUUCUACUCUUCUAUCUGCUUAAAAUGACUGAUGGAUACAUUAAUUUGAAUAUCUUCUUGCUCCGCACACUAAACCGGGCGACCAUAUACCCCUUUGCUGUAAUGGUGCCUUUUACAAACAAGCCAGUGCACAGUUCAUGGCCUGGAGGUUUGACUGCAUUCACUUUGCGAUGAUUUCAUCAAAAGCCCUAUGUAUUCACUAUAUACACAGUAGUAAAACCAUGAAUGUUUGAUUUGUUUUUUCACUCUGUAAUCCCUAAAAUUCAAUUUGAAAGCUAUUUACUUUCUGUUUAACUUUAUUUUUGUUAACCAAGCAGAAAAGUUGUGGCACCUUGUGGUUAGUUUACUUUCAUUGCCUCACAAAAGCGUCUAAUUUUUCUUGGCUUCUGGGAGCGUUUUCUUUUAAUCUAGUUUCCCAUGUGAAUGUUACACCUGUAGUGCCAGUUCAACGAGCAAUACACCAGCAAUGAAAUAUUCCUGUGUCCAACCACAUUUUCAAGGUUGUAACAUACAUUGAAAUGUAUGUUACAUGAACUUCUUUUGCUUCCAAACAUUAUUCUUUAUGCUUCCUUCUUCAAGUUACCCUUCCAAAACAAAUGAAGAAAAGAGAUUUAUUCUGUCUUUUAGCAACCGUUUCCUACUUACAACAACUAUAUCUUGUAAAAAUUUUUAAAAAAAAGACCUGGACAGCCAUCAUUGUGAAGAUCCCACUCUAUUUCGGACCUGCCUAAUUGUUUCAUUUUUGGGAUGGAGACAAGUUUAGUGAGAAGGCCACUAUUUUCUAAAACGUUCAUUCCUAUUCUUUAUGAAUAAGGACAAAUAUGACAGGAUGUUACAAGCUCCUUUGGUGACUUUAUAGCCUGAUAAUUGCAGUAGGAAGCCAAAAAGGAUCAAUAUUUGUCUGGAAAAAACCCCACAGUGUCCCAGUUUUCUUACCAUGUGGACAUCCCCCCCCCCCCCCCCCCCCCCCCCGCGUGAGAAGAUUAGAGCAGUCAGCCGGGAUUCCUUGCAUAGUGGGCCCUUUCCCUCUGAAUGCAGUUAGCAUAUUUAAGUAGUACCCGAGGGUUGCUCCCUCUAGUUCUACUGCACGGAGUCACUUCCAGUGUUUACACCAAAUCAUUUUAAAAACACUUGGUUUGAUUGAUGAAUGUAGUCCAUGAUUCUAACAGACUUAAAACAUAGUCGGUACAAUAGUUGAACAAAAUGUGGGGGAAACAAUGCAAAGUUUCACUCAUUCAUCCUUUUUUAUGAGUAUUUAUUCACUCAAAUGUAAGCAAAGUAACCCAUUGAAAAGUCAGCUAUAGAGAUGUUGCAUAAAAAAACCUGUGGAAGAGUGAGAACCUGCUUGUUUAUGUCUCAUACGAAACAAUAUAAACUACUUGUAUCAUAAUCUUUAAACUGUACAUUUUGUAUAUGUGAAGAUUGUAUCAUAGUUCAAAAAUUAUAUAAUUUUGUAGUGGCAUGAAAUAAAUGGUUACAUUGCAGUAAA